AUGCUUUCGAAUCAGCAAGAGCAAAUUCAAUUGAAAGGCGAAGAUAUUUCGCCAGCUAAGGACGGCUGUUUACUCAAAGAAAUUAUUCGUCAAAGUGUCGACGAUGAAAAAGCAAUGUUUGAUGAUACAGUCUAUAUUCAUUAUAUUGGAACUCUACUUGAUGGAACGGUAUUCGAGAAUACUCGAGAUCGAAAUGAGAAGGUUAGUUUUAAUUUUGGUAAAGGCGAGGUGAUCAAAGCAUGGGAUAUUGGUGUGGCAACCAUGAAGCGUGGAGAAAUCUCACGAUUCAUUUCGAAACCCAAAUAUGCCUAUGGUCUAAAAGGAUUGGGUGACAAAGUUGGAUUCGCCGUAACCGUAAUCUUCGAAAUUGAACUGGUCGAUUGUGUAGGUAAAGAUAUUAGCGAUGAGCGAGAUCAAAGCAUUGUACGACGGAUAAUAAAAAGAGGUGAAGUAUUUGAGCAGCCAAAUGAAGAUGCUACUGUGCAAAUUUAUCUCAAAGGAACGCAUCAAGAUCAAAUAUUUGACGAACGAACAGUCACUUUCUUUGCUGGAGGAGGUUGUUUACAAAAUAUUCCUCUAGGUGUUGAAUAUGCCAUUUUCAGAAUGACCAAAAGUGAACAUUGGAAAUUAUAUUUAAAAUCAAAAGCAACAAAGGGUGUGGAAAAAUUUCAUAUUCCAGCUGAUUCACCUGUCGAGUACGAAGUUACCAUGAUCAAGGCCGAACGGGCCAAGGAUGAUAAAUUUUUGACCGACGAAGAAAAACUCAAACAAUCAGAAAUAUUGAAACAACGCGGAGAUGAAUUUGUAAAAGGUGGUCACUAUGAACUUGCUGUCAAAAAAUACAGAACUGUUUAUAACUAUCUCCUAUCAGCAUCGUUAAGAAGUAGUAGUGACAUAGAACAAUCUAGACAACUCAAAUUUGCUUCUCAAUCAAAUUUGGCUUUAUGCUAUUUGAAAUUGGGUGACUAUAGCCCAUGUAUAAGGGCAUGUGAAAACGCUCUACUUUUCGAUUCACAAAAUGAAAAAUGUCUCUUUCGUCGUGGUCAAUGUCAAUUAGCACGGGGUAAUUUUCGUGAAGCUAUUCAAGAUUUUGAAAGUGUUAUCAAAGUGAAUCCAUCGAAUAUUGUUGCAAAACAACAAAUUCAAGAAUGUAAACAACAAAUUCAAACGUAUGAAGUCAAGAAAAAGGAAUUGUACAAUUCCACUCGUAAAACAACAGUCAAGGCGGAUGUCAUAGACAAGACUGAUGAGACUAAGACAAAUUUGAAAAACGAACGAAAAAUCGACUGA